AUGGGUCCCUUCAGUCAUUUUGUAAGCUAUCAGUGGAAUUUCUUCUACUAUGCCUCAUGGUGCCUAGCAUAUGAAGGAGAAGACUAUCCCCAGUACUUGCCUCUCAAUCUUCCAAAGAAAACCAUGGCCACAGAUGACAUGGAACAUUACUCCAUUAAUUCUUCAACCUCUGAUGCAGAAUGGGCCCCCCUGUUCCCAGAUGGUGGUGGAUUUGUAUUCCUGGGUCCUCAAAAUCGUCCCUUUGGUGUAUCUAUGUUCCAUCAGUUCCAUUGCUUGGAGGACCUGUGGCAUGCCAUGGUAGCUCGGAAGCGAAGUCAGCAUACGACGCACUGUCUCGCAUACUUGCGCCAGAUGAUACUGUGUAGAGGUGAUCUACGGAUCGAACCAUUAAUACCACCAUACCCCCUCAAGCAAGUGGACUCUACUGCAAACAGGACAUGUCAGGAUUGGAGUCUAGUGUAUAGAGCAUUAGAGCAGAAUCAUAGUCAUGUGAAGGUGUGA